UCGAGGGGGGGAAAGGACUUCUAGCAUCCACAGCAUCCUUCGCUGCCGCCCGCAAUGAAGAGGGAGGUCAUAUUUUGCCCAAAGUGGCACCGCGCGCUUUGGUUUUGGCUUUUCGCGGUGCCCUGCUUAUUUCACGCAGCCAAGGCUGAGAUAACCUGCCGCUCGUGCCAGCCUGGACAUAAGUGGCGCGGACAGGAAUUACUGCUGAAAUUUCACACAAGUGAAUCCGCAACAGGGUUCGGCGGGGAAGUUUUGGGGAACAAGGCGCGGAGAUCCGGAGCCGCGAGUGCUGAAACUCCGCGGCUCCGUUGCGCAGCUGGGUCCGCUGAAUGCGCGCGAGAUCGGGUGGAAUACCCGGAGCAGAGGCUGAAACGGAAUACAGGAGGUCUGCGCGCAGAAGACGAGAGCGGCGACAGCGAGUUUGCAACGAUGAAAGUUUCCAACGUCUUAAUGAGUGGCCAGAAGAAGAGCGGCCACGCCGCGGGUUUGAGACUGCGCGCCAGGAGGAACAGUGACGGUAAUGAAGUCAGAGCCCCUCAUUCAGCCCAGAAUCAAGAGCAGGGAGAGGGCACGGGCUCGGCGGCCGCACGCAGACUGACGCGCUCUGAAUUGCGCUGGAGCGGAGAGGAGCGGAGAGCAGCCGGUCCGAGGCAGGAGGCUAAACUUAACAGUUCGACGUUCGCUUUGACCGGAGAUUCGUCUCACAACCAGGCUAUGGUGCACUGGUCCGGGCAGAACAGCAGUGUGAUUCUGAUGCUGACCAAACUGUUUGACUUCAACCUGAACAGCGUGACCGAGAGUUCAUUAUGGAGGUCAACUGACUACGGAGCAACAUACCAGAAGCUGAAUGACAAAGUGGGAGCAAAGACAAUACUCAGUUAUUUGUACGUGAGCCCCAACAACAAGAGAAAGAUCAUGCUGCUGACCGAUCCAGAGGUAGAGAGCAGCCUCCUGAUCAGCUCGGAUGAAGGAGCCACGUACCAAAAGUACCGGCUGAAUUUCUACAUCCUCAGCCUUCUUUUCCACCCCGAGCAGGAGGACUGGAUUCUCGCCUACAGCCACGACCAAAAGCUCUACAGCUCGGUGGAGUUUGGAAGGAGGUGGCAGCUGGUGCACGAGCGAGUGGCUCCCAAUCGUUUCUACUGGUCGAAAAUGGGUUUGGACAAAGAGCCGGGCUUAAUUCACCUGGAAACCAGCAUCUCUGAAGGACAGGCGCUGUAUGUCACCUGCAAGCUGCAGAACUGCACUGACGCCAACAAGGGCAAACCAUUCCCCGGCUACAUUGACCCCAAUUCUCUGGUGGUGCAAGAUGAGUAUGUGUUUGUCCAGGUGUCAACUGGGGGGAGGCCAAUCUACUACGUGUCUGCUAAGAGAGAUGUCUUCACCCCUAUGAAGCUGCCCAAGUAUACCCUGCCCAAGGACCUGCAUGUGAUCAGCACGGAUGAAAACCGAGUGGUUGCGGCCGUGCAGGAGUGGAACCAGAACGAAACCUACAACCUGUAUGUGUCAGACACAUCGGGGGUCUUCUACACCCUGGCUCUGGAGAACGUGGUCAGCAGCAUGGGCCCCGAGGGAAACGUCAUGGUCGACCUCUACGAGGUAGCGGGAAUCAAAGGGAUGUUUCUCGCCAACAAAAAGACAGAUAACCAAGUAAAGACGUACAUCACCUACAACAGAGGCAGAGACUGGAGGUUACUGCAGGCACCGAGCAAAGACCUGAGGGGCAACAGCAUCCACUGCGUGCUGCCGUACUGUUCGUUACAUCUCCAUCUUCACGUGUCCGCAAAUCCCUACACAUCUGGAAACAUAGCCAGCAGGGACACGGCGCCGGGGAUCAUUGUGGCAUCAGGCUCCACUGGGGCAGAGCUGAGCACCAGCAACGUCAGUGUGUUUAUCACCUCGGAUGCAGGAAACACUUGGAGACAGAUCUUCGAUGAGGAGUACGCAGUGCUGUAUCUUGACCAAGGAGGGGCCUUAGUGGCAAUAAGACACACUCCGCUCCCCAUCCGACACCUGUGGUUGAGCUUUGAUGAAGGACGGCAGUGGAACAAAUACAGCUUCACCAACACGCCCCUGUUUGUGGACGGGGUGCUCGGAGAGCCGGGGGAGGAAACUCUCAUCAUGACGAUAUUUGGCCACGUUAGUCAUCGAUCUGAGUGGCAGUUGGUGAAAAUAGACUUCAGGUCCAUCUUCAACAGGAGGUGCACAGAGGCGGAUUAUCAGACGUGGCACCUGCACAACCAGGGCGAGCCGUGCCUCAUGGGAGUCAAAAGAAUCUACCGGAAGCUGAAGCCCACAUCCAGGUGCGUUAUGGGAAAGACGUACUCGGUGGCCAUGACGUCGGCACCAUGUGACUGCACAGAGGCUGACUUUGAAUGUGAUUACGGCUUUGAGAGACGGACGGACGGCAAGUGCACCCCCGCCUUUUGGUUCCAUCCGUCAUCGAUGUCCAGGAGUUGCACAACGGGGAUGACUUUCCUUAACAGCACCGGCUACAGGAAAGUGGUCUCCAAUAACUGUACAGCUGGUGUGAGCGCCGAGUACACAGCCAGGAGGCAGCAGUGUCCUAGCCAAGCACCCAAAGGUCUCCACCUGGUUACCAGCGAGGGCUCGCUGACAGCCGUGUUAGGCACCAAUGUCACCUUCCUUGUUUUUCUGGAGGAGGGUGACGGGGCAAAGACAAGCAUCACUCUGGACUUUGGAGAUGGCCAUGCUCUUACAUAUUCCAAUGUGAGCUCCAUCGAGGAUGGGAUCAAACACAUCUACAAAGCCGUGGGAAUCUACCGAGUGACCGCUACUGGGGAGAACAGCCUGGGCUCAGAGACGGCCGUGCUCUACCUGCACGUGACAUGUCAGCUGGAGUAUAUCCAUCUCUCAGCUCCCUUUGUGGCGGUGAGGAAUAAGGAAGUGAACCUGACUGCUGUUCUGUGGCCCAGCCAAGUGGGAACGGUCACCUACAUCUGGUGGAUCGGAAAUAACACAGAGCCAGUAAUCACCCUAGAGGGAAGUGUGGCGUACACAUUCUCCCGGGAAGGCAUCAAUACAGUCACUGUGCAGGUGUCUGCAGGGAAUACUAUUCUGCAGGACAGAAAAACCAUCGCUGUCCACGAAUAUUUCCGAUCUCAUCUGCUCGCCUUUUCAUCAAACCUGGAUGAGCACAACCCCGAUAUUGCAGAAUGGAGGCUGGAUGUGAGCCGAGUCAUUAAGAACUCUCUGAUCCAGGCUACAGGCGUGAGAGAGGAUCAGCUCCUGGUCACGGUUCUCCCGGGUUUACCCACAGCAGCAGAGUUUUUCCUCCUGCCUGACAAACAGUUAACUGAGGGGAAACCGGAGAAGAGCUCCGCUCAUUUAGAUCAGCUCUCGGAGGUUUUGCUCAGCGCAUUGAAUCAAAAUCUCGUCCAGUUCACGCUGCGGCCGGGGGUCCAAGUCACCGUGUAUGCAGCGCACCUGUCAGCAGCGCCCCUAGUGGACACCAGCGAGAACCACAGUGGCUCAGCCAUGCUAAUGCUGCUAUCAGUAGUGGUUGUGGGUUUAGCUGUAUUUGUCAUCUACAAAUUCAAGAGGAAGAUCCCAGGCCUCAACGUCUAUGCGCAGAUGCAGAACGAAAAAGAACAAGAAAUGAGUCCGGCUAAUCCAACGGCUGCCACGCCCGGCUCUCAGCGGGACUUGGUGCAUUCUUUGGAGACUCUGGACACAGAGUUGAACUCGCGGCCCAUCGGAUGUAUGAAACCUCAUGUACAUGUGAAAUUCUCCACAGAACUCCCCACAUACAUCGUCUGAACUCCGGACUGGAUCGCUGCUCCAGCUCCGUCAUGGAUAUUUUUUUACCAUUUGGGACACGAUGGUUUUGAGCUUUAUACCUGUGCAUGUUGGACCCUGCUGACACAUACUGUGCUCUGUUCAAACCAGAAGAAACUGUGUACAGGUUUUCAGUUUUUUUUGAACAUACGUCUCUGAUAAACGAAUCCUUUAUUUAUACGAGUCGCGUGCGAAACGGAGACGGAUCGAACAAGGGCGGAGGGAGGGCGCGGCGGCGUUUCGGUUCCAUGUCUCAGAUUGGUUUGCUGUUCUGUGAAGCUAACAGCAGUAGUGUAUUAUUUAUUCAUGAAUAUACAUGAAGUAUGUUAUUGAAGUGAAUUACACCUUUAUUUUGUAAAUCAUGAAUAUCUAUGUUAGAAAUAAUUUGUGUAUUUUAAUAACAAAUGUCAUACUAAAAGGGAUGUUAUAAAAUAUGAAUAGGGCACUCAAAGCUUUUGGUCCACUGUCUCUCAGAAAGCUGAUUUAUGGCACAAUAUACUUUUUUCUACAGAAGAUUUUCAUUUAUUAACAACAGGGUGUGCUUAUCUGGAUUCAUUUAAACCUUGCUGUUAAUCUGAUGCUUCUGGUACUAUUUAUGAUACAUACUACUUUGUAUAAUGUUUUGUGCUUCAGAAUAUCACUUGAUGGCUCAGGUGCUACACUGCACCGUCCGACUGCAGGUGACCUCCAAAUAUCAGCAGACCUUUUAGGAACAGGAGACGGGCGGGACGAUGACCUGACGACUGCAGAGAAAGGUCACUCCUGGCUCCGGCUCUGCAGCCUCUGCAGGAUGCAGAGAGCAGCUUACUGAGGCCCCGAUUUAAGAUUUAAGAUUUAAGGUGGAACUUGAAAUGAGAUACAGAUCCAAAGAGCACGGCAGUGAGAGAGAGAGAGAGAGCCAGGCAGAGGGAGGUUAAGAGAGAUGGACGACAGCUUUUAGCGGACACGGCGCAUUAAGAGCGUCCUAUUGGACAGAAUAAGAAGAGCUUGACUUCUUGAAUACUUAAUGUGGCCUGUCAGGCUCAAGGCUGGCUAAGGUUGGUUACACAUUUAGGCUAAUAUCACAACCUGCUCUCAAGUAGCACCCAUCUUCAUCCCAGCUCAUUAUUUCAUGCUGCAGGAGCAGGAGAAGUAGAGCGCAGAUGCUAGCAGGCUACAUGGAUGGUUAGCUUGUCGAGAGGACUGCCGAGCCCUCUGGUACUCCGUGUGAAAUCUGACAGAUGUAAAUGCCUGAUUGAUGUCUUUCAAAUCUUCUGAAGCAGCUUUUUUCUUUUAGAUGUGCUUUUCUCUUUUUUCCUUUCGUAGGGAUGUGAAAGUGCAGCAGAGGAAGUUGCUGCUGAAACGGUGGGGCUGUAAACCAUAAUGAUGAGGCACAGCUCACACUGGCUGCUUUCUGUAGCAUUGAUUCAUUAGUGACAGUUCAGACCCACCGUACUUUGAGCGAUUCAGGAAAGGUGGGAAACGACCACCAUCUGUGGUUGAUUGAUGACUAAUCGAGGCUCACGUGAUUCUGUUUUUGGUCAGAACCUGCACUGACUGAGGCGUCCAUAUUUUCAUCGUGCUUGAACAUUAAGAAUCAUUCUGUUGCCAUUCUCUAUAAUGAGCAUUAUCCAUGUGCAUUAUGGUAAGCUCCUAAAACCUCAUGGUGUACACCAGAGCCCCCCAAGAGUCCAGGACACCAACACUUUAACACCUCUGAGAAGAUAAAUGACCAUCUGGCCAACCAAGAUUUCAGAUUAAAUUUAGGAUUAUGACUUUUAAUAAUUUAAGCCACUACAAACAUGAUUUGCGUGUGCUCGUGCUGUGGAUGGUGUCAGGCUGCAGUUUUGUCCUUUGACCAGAAAAAUAGACGCUCUCAGUUUUAUUAGCCUAACAAUACCUGUAGCAAUGGAGUUAUUAUACUAGGUUAUAGCAGUGCUGCUAGCUUUCCCCACUAACUUGUAAAUCCUCAUUUUUAUGAAGCUACAUUUGAUUCAAACACCUGAGAGAUCAGAUGAACUCAUUAAUGUUCCCGCAGAUAUUUUUGGGCUGUUUUAUUUUCAGUCAGCAUACACAGGAGCUCACAUUAAUGACUUACUGUAGUACCUUCAGAGUCCACAAAUACUGACAGCGAGAUGCUGAUCUACCUGCAAGAGAACAGACACUCAGCAAUCCUGCUUUUAAAUCUGAACAUAACCACAGUACGACCAGUUGAGUCGACUGUUGCAAAGACACACAUCACAGUUGUGUUCAUCCUGCAGACUGACCCACGCUGACUGCAGCCUGUUGGCAGGCUGUGUGUGUUUAUGUGUUGGUCUGAGCCGAACCACAGCUGACAGGUUCGCUCCCAGAACGCGACCUGUGCAGGCACCUUGUGAUUGAAACGUUACGCAGUGGCAGGCAGGCGGUGUGCUCCGGACACACAGCAGAAGAAGCAGUAGGUGGAGUGUGACGUGCUCAGGUGAACAGGUCACGUCCUCGUAGCUUUUAGCAGAGAGACUUUGAAAGCGGUUUUCCAUAAUCAGCAGCUUUCUGAAGGACUUCAUCGUUGUUGAGUGGAGGAGUUACAAACACGUAUGUGCUGCAGUUUUAGGGAAUCACAACAAGCAGCGGGGUUAUCGCCGGGUUGUUGCUCUCACAUGUCUGAAGAUAUUUGCAUCACAGUGGACCUUUCUUAGCCUCCUGUCUUUGUAUUGGACGUUUGAAUGGCAGCAGGUUACACCUGCAGGUUUAGGAGAUCCAUAUCACAUUUAUUGGCACCUUAUCUCACCUGAAAUAUUUAAACCUGUACACGUGACCAGGAAGUGAUGCACAAUGAGGCCUCGGAUGUGUUGGUAUGCAGCCGGUGAGUCGUGCCCUUAAAACGGUGCGCAGACAAAAACGGUGAUAUUUUCAGUCAUGAGUCAGUUUAAGAGGAAGUGUUUAUAUUUCAGAGCUGCAUCCAAACAUAAUCACAUCAGCUUCAGUGCUGUUGUGUUGGAUGUGUGCAGUGCGGUGGUGUUACAAGCAGGUGUUUGGAGUUGUGUAAAUUGAAUGUAGCAAUACAUUAAUAAUGUGGUUUCCAGGCUUUGAAACAUUUAAGGGGGACCGGUUAUGUUUUUGCUUGUUUGAGCUCAAAGUCUCAGAGAAGGAGGUCAGUGUUUGUGUGAAAGCUCAGACUGCAGAAGCCCCACCCACCUGCCAUUCAAAUCUUAUGUUUGCUAGGGGCAGCCAAUCAGAAGCUGGCUUAAAGACAGGAUGAAUUAUACCAAAACAGCUUGUUUCAGAGGACAAACACCAAGGCUCAGUAUAAGAUAAAAAAAAUAGUAUUUCACUCCAAAUCAUACAAAACUACUCAGAGUCCAAAAUUAAAACUGCAGAGUUAAAAAGGAGCAUCGUCGGUCCCCCUGUGAGAGCUGUAAAAGUUUCUUUUCCAGUGUUUCAGUGUAACAAUACUGGGAGGAAGUAUUUAGUUCAUAUUUGAGAGGCUAAAGCUUUCAUUCCCAGCUCUGUCUGGCUCUGAUUUUGGAUAGCUUGAGGGAGACACUGUGCAGCAGCCUGUAGCCUCAGACCCGCGGUCAGAAACAGCAGGGCUCUAAUCUUAACCUCAACUCCAGGGAACAGGAAACCAGACGAGAUCUGGAAGUCCGUCAUAGUAACAGCACCUCCUGCCUUUGAGUUUUCCAGGGAGGAAGACAGGAAGCCAUGUUAACACGCUGGAUGUGUGGUUAGGACGAGCUGUGAUGUGACAGGACCCCAGGGUGUGGAAAAUCAAGACUAACUCUGAGCUACUCUCUCUCCUCUCCAUCUCCUCCGCCCCGCAGAGUUAGCAAGAUUAUUAUUUUUAUAGAGAAAUAAUAAUAAUGAUUCAAAAAAAAGAGUUUUAUUACUGUACAGCUUUUGUAUAAGAACAGAUGGUAAGGUGUUGCAGUGUUUUUGUUCGACCUCAACUGUGCUGUGUGUAAUUGUUUUAUGCAUUUACAAUCAUAUUUAUUAAAUGGAAAGAAGUCUGUUAACUGUGUUCUCAUUUUCUUACAAUGUUU